AUGUAUCCACAGAUAACAAUGAUGAGAGCAGCAAAUAACCAUGAUGAAAACAAGAUAACAAUGAUACCAUCAAUCGAUACCGUACAUAAGACACGAAAAGGCGAGAACAUUACCAUACACAAGGAUAUAAUAGUCAACAUGAGUGACUUACCUAGAAAAGUUGUGGCGGAUAGUUGUGCUGAACCUAUAAAGCAAGCCGUACAGCCACAUCCAGAAGAAUAUGAUGAAGUAGAUGGAUGCUUAGCUGGGCCAUAUGCUAACAAAAGAAUUGACAAAGCAACUGCCUUUCACCAAAGACAACAACAUAUAAAUCAAGACAAUUCUGAUACAUUACUUGACUCUGGACUUGGAGAAAGUUAUGUUUCACCACCAAAUAGUACUGAACUGUAUACCCCCCAACAAACUAGUUACAACAGCGGAGAUCUCAGCUCAAGGUUACAAAACAUACAUCUCAAUCAACGAGAACAAACCAAUCAAGUAACUGAUGAUCUUACUGCGGCGCAAACUGAAACCUUUUUCGAUGAAAAUUUACCAACAAAUCUACCCAAUGCUAAUGUUACAUGUCAUUUAAUCGAACCUGCAAAAGACAAUGUAUCAGUACCACAUGUUGUAUUUGAAGUGCCCCAGAUUUCACAGAAACAAAGGAACAUCUACUCUCAAGAUGGUGAUUGGGAUACCCAGCUGCACAUAGCCAUUGCCCAGGGGCUUACAAGAAUAACAUAUGAAAUGAUUGAAGAAACUCCAAGUUUUGAAUAUAUAAACAUUCGUAACAAACUCGGCCAAAGUCAUCUCAUUGUGGCUGCAUUGACCAAACAGCCAGAUGUUGUCCGUAAAUUGUUAUCAUGGGGAGCUGACCCAGGUCUUGUAGACAGAAAUGGUAACAGUCCUUUACAUCAUGCUUGCGAGGUGCAAGAUCUAAGGACAGUAUACCAGCUUACAAAUCCUCUGACCUUGAAGGAAACUGAAAUGGUACCAUACAACUUUCCUAAAUAUGAAAUGGAUGUCAAUACAAGGAAUUAUGAAGGGUACACCCCAGUGCACAUUGCUUCCUCCGUCAAUUGUAUAUCAAUCGUAGAAUACCUGGCUGCCGUAGGAGCUAAUAUGAAUGCCCCUGAUGGAAAGAGCGGAAGGACUGCCCUACAUCAUGCUGUAGAGGCUGGCAACUUUGAAAUGUGCAUGACCCUAUUGAAAGGUGGCGCUUUUGUCGAUUCAAAAGCCUAUGAUGGAAGCACCCCCCUGAAGCUUGCAUAUGCCGUGAAGCACCCCCAAAUCAUUGAUUUAUUGAUACAAAGAGGGGCCAACAAAGAGUAUGCCAUGUAUGAGAGCGAUAGCCAAUCAGAUGAUGAUGAAAUGGAUGGAAGCUACGAUGACUUCCAAAUGGCUGGCCAACCAUUGAACUAAACAGCACUAACCUACUGUAGGUAUAGUAUGGGUAACUUCAAGAUGCAACAAAAUAGAAUCCAAUGGGAUGUUAAGUCAACAGUCAAUGGGACCCAUGGUAUAUUGUGGUUUUGAGGUAGGGGAGGGUCAAAUAAAGGGGAAGAGUCGACAUUUUGUAAGCAUCUUGAAAUAAGCAAAUAUUCCUGUAUAGAAAUUAUCCCUCUAAGGUUGAGAAUUUCUGAUAGUUUCUCGCCACCUGGCACUAUUUCGCACAAACAUUCCAACUUCAGUUCAGUAUACCAUCUUCGAGAGACUAAUAUUUCAUCUGAAAUAUGUGAGGUGUAUAAAGAACAUUGUGCAGAAGGGCCUAGAGAGGCAUGUUCCAGCAAUGAGGCACAAGGAAUGGAAUACAUAAAAGGCAUUUUACUCAAAUACAGAGACAAUGGCUUAAGAAUGUAUAAACAGUACAUACACAAAGGCCUAGGAUGGAAGGCCAGUAGUAAGGAGCAGCUAAGACUAUCAUUGCAAUGUCAUCAAUGCAAAUAUGUGUGCAGUAAAUACAACCGAUCUCAUGUACACUGUUAAUGUAUGUACCUGGAGAAUGAUAUUGGACGUUGUCAUCUUCAUAUAAGAAGAUGUAAGUGGUGUAAAAUAUGAUACAGCACAAGGUUAUACUUCUUUAUUGAAAUGCAUUUAAAAUGAAACAUCUUAAAAAAUGUGGUGCCCAACAUAUUGAAAAUUGCUUUUCUUCAUAAUUAUCUUUCAUAUUUUAUUUGAACUUUACAUUUCCAUCCAAAGGUGUGCUUCUCUUUAUAUUGUUGAGUUUUGUUUUCAGUAUGUUGAGCAUCACUUUUUCACUAAAAGUAGAAAAUGUAUACCUGAUGCAUGGUAUUAGGUAGAAUUGAAUGAAAGGCUUGCCAUGUUAACUGUGAUAUAACAUCAAGGUGCUGUUAGUGGGAGGGGGUCAAUUCAGGAUUUCGAAUAAUCCGUAAGAGAACGCUCAAAGACUAACUAGUCAGCUAGUCAAGGUAUCUGAAGAACUGAGACAAAGGUAACAACUUUAUUACUGUAAAAAUACUGUAAGUUCAAGAACAUCUACUUCGGUAUUAUAUAUUCAAAAUGUAAGAACAUCAGACUUUUGUCUUUCGAAAUAAAGUUGAAAAGAUGAAUGGAAAACUGAAAAGAGUAUGUGUCAAAAAAAUAAUGGUUUAGUUUUUUUAGAGUUUGAGUUAGUACUUUGAAAGUUCAAAGUUACAGUGAGAAAUUACAAUAUGAUUUUUAGUGACAAAUUAGUCAUAAAAUAUAGAUAUCAUUUCUUUUUCAUUAUAAAUCAAUUUCUGUUGCUUACCUAUGCAUACCCUUUAGAUUUUAACACAUGUAUACACUGAUUAGUUUGCUGAUUUGUACACUUUGUAAAUAAUAAUGGCAUUAUGUGCAAUUAGGCUAUAUUUUAUUUACAUAUUCAGGUUUUGAAAUGCGAAAUAUGUAGUUUUAAAAAGGCUUGUGACAAUAAACAGGAAAAAAAUGCAAAUUCCAAAUCCUUGACAGAAUUUUUAUUAACAUGUAGCUGUAUUGGUUAAACUACAUAAAUGUGGGUAUUCUGGCAAAAAAUGGGUUUAGUUAACAAUAUUUACUUUUUAUAUUUAUUAUUAUUAUUAUGUAAGUAGUAGUAAAUAUGAAUAAUCAUUUUACUGUAGAUUAGGUAGUUGCAAAUCAUUAGAUAAAAUAAAAUUUUGUAGAAAUACAUGUAUAUAUACUUUAUUAUCAAUAAUCAGGAAUAUAUUUUUGUAUUUGCACAUUUAUAUCAACAUAAAUAAAACUGGAUUUUCUUUAAAAAAAGAUUUUACCUUGACUUGAUCAUUGUUCAGGUAUUUGGAAAUAUUUGACAAAGGCCAUGAUAUGAUUUUCCAUUGUGACGAAUGCAGAAUAUAGAAUGGAAACAUACAAUACAUGUAAUAUAUAUAUAAACUUUUAGAUGUUAAAACAAACAAAUUAACUCCUGGCUUUAUACAACACUGACAUAUAAAGCAAAAUUGACCUUGUAUGACAUCUUGUUUAAAACCGAGUCUGCUUUUAAAUUGUAUUUGAAUAUAAAACAAGCUUAGCGUAUUAACAUUUUUUCAUUAUAUAUAAUAUAAAUAAUCAUUAGUGUUUCACCAAAAAUAUGUUUAACAUGUUUGAUUUUCAAUAUAACCAUCCUGUUACUACUGUUAUAUCUCAGUCCUACAUUUAGGCAUUGAAUAAUAAUUGUUCAAAGGAAAUACAUGCAAUCCAUCAAUGGUAAAUUUUCACCAUUUGUAGGACUAUAAGAUGUACAGAAAUGCAUCUAUUUAACAUAGGUUCCAUAACAUUUGAUAUUUAUAUGUAAUACAUUCAUAUAUGUGAUAAUAUUUACAACUUUGGUGCUAUCAUCCAGUCCUUUGAUCCAUUUUGGAUCAGUAAGAUUUUCUGACAACCAUGAGGUGAAUGGUGAUGGAUGAUAGUAGGUGAAACUGAUGUAUUUGGAAAGAUGUAUAAAUGUUUGUAGAUGUAUAAUUGUUUUGAGCGCUUCUU